AUGCGUAUUGUACCUUCAGAAAAGAAAAAGAUCCAACUUAUUCCUGAAGCUAUUGUUUGUCAUAUUGAUGAAAGUGUAUUAUUUGAAUCUACUUCUGGUUCUGCUGAAAAGCUUGGACAAACAGUCAAGGAACACUAUUCAGAAUUCGAAUUCUUUAGCCAUCGUUUGGAACAAGUGUUUGGACCCGAAUUUGCAAAGAGUGCUGAAUUCAACAAGAUAUUGAAGUCUACUUCUGGCGGUACUGAGAAUGAAGAUUAUGAACACUAUAUUCAAUGCGUACAAAAGAAUUCAGACAAACCAUUAGCAAAUCAAUUGAAGCAACUGUUUUCUAGCAUUAAAAAGACAACUGCUAAAGAAGAUUUGCUUUGGAAUAUUAAGAUGGCCAUGCUUGUUCAUGUUGCUCGACGAGAAGGUUGUAUGUACAUUUUUAUGGCUGAUUCAGCUACUCGUCAGGCUAUCAAAAUGAUUUCCAUGACAAGUAAGGGACGUGGAUACAGUUUGCCGUUGGAUAUUGGUGUGGACAAUCAACAAAGUUUUUCUGAUGUGUGCAUUAUGAGACCUAUGAAAGACAUGCUAUCAAAAGAAAUUGGAUUCUACAACUACUUUUUCAAGAUUGACAAGUUUGUUUUGUCACCCUUUAAUUUUGGUACCAUGAUGGCAGGAAAGACAUCCAUUGAUCGUCUUACAGAAGAAUUUAUUGUGGGCAUUGAACGUGAAUUUCCAUCUACUGUGAGUACUAUUUGCCGUACUGUACUCAAGUUAUCUCCUUCUGCUGAUAUGGAUUUGAAAAGGACAUGUGCUAUGUGCUUGAUGCCUAUUGAAGCUGGUAUUGCUGAGUGGAGAAGACACAUUACUGUGACAGAAGUGAAGGAUGCUGAAAAACCAACAAUAGAAGGAUGCUGUUCUAAGGAUACAGGCUGCUGUGGUGGUAGUGGCUGCGAUAGUGAAGAAAAAGUACCCAAGGUUGACUUAAACCAGUUCUUGUGUUAUAGCUGUCAAGUCAACCUUAAAGAUUAUAAUGCAGAAUCUAUUGAAUCAUUGCCAACUUAUGUAAAUGAAUCUAUUUAUAAUCAAAGUAGAGACAAUAGAUUACUAGAUCAAAUCAAGGAUUUUUUGAUAGAAGACAAUGAUGAAUAA